UUGACUUAUUUGGUGUCUAAAAAACCAGGUCUCCAAAAACAUUUGCAUCUAUCAUCCACUGUUUGCACACGUGCUUAUCCAUGACGAUGAAGCACCAAACCAAACCCAGCAACAACAAGAAGAAGAAGAACGCAUUGAUUCAUGUCAACCCUCACACACUCAUUCAACUCUCUGCUCCAAGCCUGCAAAACCCUAAACCAAGCAAAGCAGCUCCACCACCGGAUUCUCCUCACCGGCUCACACCACAACCAUUUCUUCGUAACCAAGCUAAUCCAAAUCUACGCCGAUUCCAACGACCUUCGUUCCGCAGUAACACUGCUUCACCAAAUUUCCCACCCCAACGUCUUCGCCUUCACUUCAAUCCUCUCCUUCCACUCCAGGCACGGCCUCGGGCACCAAUGCAUCCAAACCUACGCGGAACUGAGGCGAAACGGCGUCGUCCCAGAUGGGUACGUGUUCCCCAAGGUGCUCAAAGCGUGUGCCCAGUUAUCGCGCUUCGGAAGUGGAAGGGGUGUUCACAAAGACGUUGUUGUGUUCGGGGAAGAGUCCAAUUUGCAAGUUCGUAACUCUGUGUUGGAUAUGUAUUCAAAAUGUGGGGAUGUUGGGAGCGCACGCCAAGUGUUUGAUGAAAUGUCUGAGAGAGAUGUUUUUUCGUGGAAUUCGAUGAUGUCGGGUUAUGUGUGGAAUGGGUUGCCGCAUAAGGCUGUGGAGGUGUUGGGGGUUAUGAAGAAAGAUGGGUGUGGUUGUGAACCGGAUGUUGUCACGUGGAACACGGUCAUGGAUGCUUAUUGUAGGAUGGGACAAUGCUGUGAGGCGUCAAGGGUUUUUGGAGAGAUUGAGGAUCCGAAUGUGAUUUCGUGGACGAUUUUGAUCUCGGGUUAUGCUGGUGUUGGGAGGCAUGAUGUUUCUUUGGGGAUUUUUAGGCAGAUGGUGAAUGUUGGGAUGGUUUCACCGGAUGUGGAUGCUCUUUCUGGUGUGCUUGUGUCGUGCAGGCAUUUGGGGGCUUUGGCUAGUGGAAAGGAGAUUCAUGGAUAUGGCCUCAAAAUCAUGUGUGGGGAUGUGUUUUAUAGGUCUGCUGGAGCUGCCUUGUUGAUGUUGUAUGCCGGUUGGGGCAGACUUGAUUGUGCUGAUAACGUGUUUUGGAGGAUGGAUAAGAGUGAUGUUGUUACAUGGAAUGCUAUGAUUUUUGGUUUGGUUGACGUGGGGUUGGUAGAUUUGGCGCUUGAUUGUUUCAGAGAAAUGCAGGGAAGAGGAGUGGGGAUUGAUGGUAGAACUAUAUCUAGUAUACUGCCUGUUUGUGAUUUGAGAUGUGGAAAAGAGAUACAUGCUUAUGUUAGGAAAUGCAAUUUCAGUGGUGUGAUUCCGGUUUAUAAUGCGCUUAUUCAUAUGUACUCGAUCCGUGGAUGUAUUGCAUAUGCAUAUUCUGUGUUUUCCACCAUGGUUGCGAGGGACUUGGUUUCUUGGAACACGAUUAUUGGAGGAUUUGGAACACACGGGCUUGGCCAAACAGCUCUGGAGCUUUUGCAGGAGAUGAGUGGUUCAGGUGUUAGACCUGAUUUGGUGACUUUUUCUUGUGCACUUUCGGCUUGUAGUCAUUCAGGACUUGUGAAUGAAGGGAUUGAACUUUUCUACAGAAUGACGAAGGAUUUUAGCAUGACACCAGCAAGGGAACACUUUUCUUGUGUUGUUGACAUGUUGGCCCGUGCUGGUAGGCUUGAAGAUGCUUUUCAUUUCAUUAACCAAAUGCCCCAGGAACCAAAUAAUCAUGUUUGGGGAGCUUUACUUGCUGCAUGCCAAGAGCAUCAAAAUAUUAGUGUUGGAAAGCUGGCUGCAGAAAAAUUGAUCAGUUUGGAACCACAUGAAGCUGGUCACUAUGUGACACUGUCAAAUAUAUACUCAAGAGCUGGAAGAUGGGAUGAUGCUGCAAGAGUAAGGAAGAUGAUGGAUGGCCAUGGAUUGCUGAAGCCAUCAGGACAUAGUUUGGUCGGUACUGGAAGUUAGCCUAGAGGGGAUCACAACAUGAUCAAAUCAAUAUUUUGAUCAUCCUUCAAAAACUUUACCUACCAUGUAUUGUCAAUUUUGCAUCAAGAGUAAGAGGUGUGCGAAAGAUGUUAAAAAACAGUCCACAAACAAUUUUGGAUACAACAUCAAGUUUUUUGGGGUCAACACAACCACCAUUGCGGCCACAUUGAUCACAUUUGUCCACAAUUUCCCACAAUAUCAAAGAUCACAACAAACCGCAACCCUUAUGUGCAACUAUUUAUUGAGUUGCCAUCGGAUGGAAAGGGACAGUGUUCAGUGUUAACUGAAUUAGCUUUCUCGACAAUGAAAACAAACUAUAGUACUGACAAAAGACAGACAACUAGACAAAUGCAGUGUCCAGAACAUCGUGGAAGCAAAUAAAACUUACCAAGGUAGAAAGGAGUUGAGACAAUCCGAAGGUAACCAAGUUUGGCUUAAAUUGGCUAAAUGAUCCUCUAUUAUGAAACCUGUAUAACCUUGACUACUUUGCAGUUUAUAUUGAAUUAAAUCAGUUUAUGAAUACUUCUACUGUCAGGUCUGUAUUAUUUUAAUUUUAUAAGGUCUUUGACCUGGUUUUACA